AAAAAAAAAAAAGAAAAGUAUUUAGUAAAGUUACAAAUAUAUAUAAAUAAUAAUAAAAAUAAUAGUUUAACUAUUUAAUAAUAAAUUUAAUUAAAAAUAUAAUUUAAACUAAAAUAAAAAAAUACUUAUUCCAAUUAUUUUGUUUCAUUUUUUUUUAAAAAAACAUAAAAAAAAAAAGCAAAAAAUAAUAAUAAUAAUUAUAAUAAUUAUAAUUUUAAAAAUAUCAUAAUUAUAUUAACUCCAAUUAUAACACCUAUUAUUAUUUAAAUAUAUUUUUAUUUUUAUUUUAAAUUUAAAAUUAAAAUAAAACAAUAUAAAAUAAAACAUUAAAAUUAUAACAUUUAUUUUUUUAUAAAAAAAAAAAAUAAUCAAAAAAAUCAAAUAAAAAUAUAUAUAUUUAUGUUUUAAAAUUAACUUAUAUUAUAAAUAACAAUAAUAAAUUUUUGUUAAUUUUAAAAUUAGUAUAUAAAUAUAAUAUAUUAUAUUUAUAAAAAUAGAAUCAUGUAUAAUAAUAAUAGUAAAAUAAUAUCACCAAAAUUCUAUUUGGUGUUAUUAUUUUUAAUAUCCCUAAUAAAUUAUGGAAUUUGUAAAGAAUUUAGAUUAACAACUUUUUUAAACCCAUAUUGUGAAGGUAUUCCAUCGAUUACUUUAUCAAGUACAACAUGCUCACCAGAUAAUUAUUUUCAAGUUUUAAACAACACUAUGAUUUCAAAUACUAAUAUAGAUUCCAAUAGACAACAUUGUAAUGACCAGUAUUCCAACUCACACACCAAUGACUUUUUCCCAAUUAAUCAAUGUGUCACUGUAGAUGAAGAGGAUCACAACUCAUAUAGUAUCAUAAUGACAACAAACGAAGACACCAAUCCAAGAUCCAUCGAUGGCUAUUGCAAUCAAUUUAAUUUUUUCGAUUGUAAUAAUUAUAAUAUAGUAUCAUUCAAAAACAACUCUUGUUUCAUCUAUGACGAUUACCACAUAAAGCAAACAUGUGAUCAAGAUUUUAUCUAUACCUAUAAAUGCAACGAUAAUUGUUUUGACACCAACUGUCAUCUGGAUAAAAGAGAACCCAAUAAUGUUGAUAAUGAUUGUCUUAAAAAGUCAAUCAAAAUAAAUGAAAUACAACCAAAUAAUAAUACAAUAAAUAAUACACUUAAAAACAAUACCAAUAAUAAUAAUAACAAUAAAAAUAAUAAUAAUUAUAAUAAUAACACUGUUGAUAAUAAUGUUAAUAAAAAUAACAAUAAAGAUAAAAUUAGUAAUAACAAUAAUAAUGGUAAUAACAAUAACAGUCAUGAAGUUGAAAAAGAUAAAGAAGGAAACUCACCUAUCAAUACACAAACAUUUGAAAGAUUUAACACCUCUUCAAAAUUAUUUUCAAAUUUUAUAUUUGUAUUGAUAUCUAUAACUAUAACCAUUACCAUAAUUAUAUAAACUAUUUUUUUUCUAUUUUAAAAUCAUGCAUAAAACUGGGGGGUGGGGUAAAAAAUAAAUAGGGGAUUUUAAUAAUAAUAUAUUAUGAUACACACACCAUAAUAUUUUCAUAUUUUCACUUCCAAUGUAUUUAAUUAAAUAAAUAAAUAAAUAAAUAAAAAAAUAAAAAAAUAAAUAAAUUAAUAAAUAUAAAAAAUAAAAAAUUUAUUUCAUUUUACAAAUUUAAUAUU